CAAUAUGAUCCGUUUUUGCGAGAGUCCGCAUGGGUUCGCAUGUUGAUGAUUUUAAUGUCAUUUUCGUAAUAAAUGCCAACUCAUCUCUCCUCUGUCUUUUCUCCCUCCCUUUCUCUGAGUUCUCUCCCUGAAACUGACUUCCUCCCUUCCUACUGGACGGCGCCGAGCCUCUCCUUCUCCGGUGGCAGUGCUGCCCGCUCUAUCCAACCAAAACCGUCGCGCCGUCGUCUGCAGAUUCACUGGAGACUCCAACUGGCUCGUCCAGCUCGCCGCAGUGCUCCAGCCCGAUCGUGAUUUGCAGCCUGCCAUGAUAGCUUGCUGAGUUCGCAGGUUGAAAGUCGCUUCCAAGUUUUUGCUUUUUCAGCUAUCAUCAUCGCUUUCUUGAAUCAAAAUGCAGCAGGGUGGAGGUUCCGAUACUGAGGUGACUUGGGAGGACCAGCAGAACAUUAACAAGUUCGGAAGAUUGAACAACAGAUUUCACGAACUCGAAGACGAGAUAAAGACCGCCAAGGAAACAAAUGACAAUCUAGAAGAUGCAAGCAAUGAGUUGAUUCUCACUGAUGAGGAAAUUGUUCGGUUCCAAAUUGGGGAAGUAUUCGCUCACGUGCCAAAUGAAGAAGUAGAGAGCAGGAUAGAGCAAAUGAAAGAGGUGAACAGUAAGAAGUUGGAGAAACUUGAGGAAGAAAAGGAAUCUGUGGUUGCACAGAUGAGUGAAUUAAAGAAAAUUCUCUAUGGGAAAUUCAAGGACUCAAUUAAUCUAGAGGAGGAGUAAUCUGAGAUAUGUUGUUAUUUACUUCCAAUCUGGUUACUCGUGAACUUUUGAAAAGAGUUCCUAGGAUUUUAUUCCUGGAGUAGCAAGUCUGUUUUGAUAGUGAAUGUCAUGGAUAUUUGUGUAAUAGCAUUCCAUUGGUUUGCUUGGAUAUUUUCCUUUGAUGCAAACAACAUUUUUGAAUAUGGAACGUUUGCAUGAGUAAAUGUACCGUAAUUGCUUUGUUUCUCUAAUGAAGUAGCUUUUUCUUUGCCGUCUA